UUGAACAUAGAUAUCUUUGAAGUGUGUACAAUAAGAACUGAAGACGUAACUGACCCCAAUCUACAAGAGCAAAAUCUGCUGCAAAGUUUGCUCCUAGAAAUAGUGCAGAUUGCUACGAAUAUUUUUUUCACUCUAGUGCCUAACGGAGAUAAGAUUUGCUAGUUUGAGCCUUGGACUGUAUUUCAGAAAUGUUUCGUUCGGAUAACACAACACUGGAAGGCGCUGCUGAUUUUGUGGAACUCAUUGGAAAUUACACAGAGGAUCGAAGUUUUUCUCUUGAUAAUGUAACCACCGAUCCAGGAUACCCUUGGGAUUACAAGUACUUCUAUUUCUUCGACUACGAGGCGUGGUACAAUCAAUUUCGUUUCAAAUUGGAAUUAUUUCUAUGGACAAAGCUGACCCUUGUUCUAGCUAUUGUGUGUAUUCUUGGCAAUGUUCUUAUCAUAAUUGUUCUCACGCAGAAAACUAGCAGAAUUUUUUCAACGUCAAUUUUUAUAUGUUCCCUUGCGUUUUCCGACAUGUUCAUUAGUAUAUAUUUGUUAGAAGGGUUUUUGAUUUCGAACGGUUAUAUAGUAAAGGCAUACCAUGAGGUCGACUGCCUCUUCCGGCUCUUCUUGCCUAGGGCAGGAUCAAGGGCGUCAAGCAUGAUGUUGGCCGUUAUUUCUAUCGAGAGAGCCGUGAGUGUUAAAAUUCCGCAUAAAGUCAAACUGAUAUUUACCGUAAAAGCCGCGCGACUGAUCGUCACCGCUGUAUGGUUUAUUGCCAUCUCAACAACGGGCUUAACUACGUAUGUGUACACCUACGUUAUUUUUAGGGAUACGCCACAAUGUCUAAUUGAUCAAACAAACAAAAGAAUAGCGUAUAGGGUAAACUUUUUUAUCGGCAAAACACUCCUUAUUGGUGCGUGGAUCGUAAAUUUGGUUUGUAUGAUUUAUAUAAUUAAGGCACUAACAAAAAAUGUCGUUGGAAAGGACAAAUCAAACAAAAAACGAAUAAAAUCCGUCACCAAAACCUUACUUAUUGUAAACAUCGUUUAUUUCCUGUGCGUGACGCCUGACUUGUGUUACAAUACCUACAUUUUCGUGCUUAGAAAUGUAAUCUACGUCAGAUGGUCUUUUAUUGAAUACAGCAACCAUUUUAAUGCCAACAAUAUAAUGAUACUUAUCGGUUAUUGCAACAAUGUUUCGAACUUCUUCAUUUAUUUUCUGAGUGGCUCAAAAUUUCGGAGUGAAACUAAAGAUUACUUUCUGUCGUGCCUGAGAAAAACAAAAACACAGAACUGAUCGAUAAAAAAAUCCUAGAUUUGAGACUCGACAUGACAAAAUACACGUUUUAUAUCAUGCAUGAAACGGUUGCCGUUUUUUUCCCUCCGGCCGUAGAACGAUAUUGAUUUCAUCUUUAACAUUUUGUAAAUGCCUGAGGUGAAGGUCAUUUGACAGCUUUAUAAAACUGUACAUUUUGAUUGGUUGGUGGAAAAUUCCACAGGUUUUCGAAUGGCAUAAAUCAUAUUUUCUUAAGAGGUGUGCAGGUGCUCUGAGCUUUAUUCUUAAGACAGUAUAAUCUAUUGCAAGACUCCUCAGGAAAAGCAUGCGUCAUAAACUGAAUCCCCUCGGUAAUGAAACGGUUCUGCCAUUCUGAUAUGGAGUAAUCUCCCGCAGACGAUUUACAGUGAACUCGUCCCCAUUUUUGUCAUUUCGUAUCCCUGGAAGAUUUCACAUUGUUUUAUUUGUCCCCCACAUUUUGGUCCCUCCAUUUUUAGCCUUAAUAUUAGAUUAAUAUAAGUAUGGCGUAAAAUUUGUUUUCUGGAAAAUAUGUUCUACAGAAAAAAACAUGAAAAUUUUACUUAUAAAACUACAGUUUGGUUUGGUUUGGUUUAUAAUUACCCGAUCGUAUGUAAAAGCGCGGAGUGAAUGCACGUUUCGUAGCUUAAAGUGUGCACUAACUAAUGCAACUGUGUAUCUUCUUUAAAGACACUGCUUGUUCGUAAUUAUCAUGCACAAACACCUUUUAAGAAAGAUUUAAAUGCACACUAUACAUUUCAAAUUGAAAGCUAAACGAAUGCACCACAUUUCUUUUGAAAGUUGUAUACGUGUUUAUCAUUCUCGUAUACCAGAGCUCUACCAUGGUUCCCCGAUAGAACUCUUAACGGGUACCAUGUCGACUCAUGGCAUACGGCAUACGGCCUUCGUGAUAUAUUCUUACGCAUAAGAACUCAAACACACGGGUUAUUCUACGAUAAACCACACUUGGGAACUUAUUAUUUCUUAAUUACUCUUUUUUGUAGACAACAUUAUUUAAAGCGUAAUUUUACCGCGUGGCAUUGAUGUUUCUCGCCUUUCUCGGUGACUUUAAUUUGAGUGUACUGACAACACACAAUUUAGCUUUUAAGAUCAAAGUUUUAUAUCUUUCUUGAAAUGAAAUAUCCUUUCGACUGCCGCUAUCAGAUACUGAUGCGCUACAAGAACAGCAUUUUCGCCGUGAUGUUUUGCUGAAAGCCCUCCAGAGACUUUUUUUGCGUACCAGAAAAAUUGGGUUGCCUAUUUCCAUAGUCAAGUAAUGCAGAGUUUUGGUGAAAAUCAGUUUAUCUCGCAGUUGAACAAAAAAGAUGAUCCCUAAAACAUACUAUCAAUAUUAUAAAAAGGUGUUUUAACAAUACUCGAGCGCGAUAAUCUCUCUGUUAACACACGUUCUCUCAAGAACAUCAGUUGAUGCUAGAAUAUACAUUUAGAUGUUUCAUGGACAUAGUCAGUGUUACACCAUAUAUUUUGAUCUUGUAUGAUUUAAUUUUUUCGUUGUGCACUUUUAUUCUUGUUGAAAAUAGUUUUGUUACUUAUUUUGUUCAUUUGUCCAAUUUAUUUAUAUUUCUAUUUUAUUUUUUUAUCUUUUUUAUCUUGUUAACGUAUACUGUUUAUUACACUAUGGUGUGCAAGUAUUUAGUAUCUGAAAGGGCUGUGAAUAAGCAUGUGUAAUCUUAAAGAAUUAAGUAAUGAUAUAAACAAAACACAUAUAUGUUUCAUGCCCGCCUGCUUAGCUCAGUAGGGAGAGCGGAGAUCUACGGAACGCGGGGCUGUGAGUUUCAUACCUAGACGAGACGUAAUUCUGUGAUUUGACUGGUUACAAAACUCUGUCUUAAUUUAUACAUUUUUUUUUUGAUAGUUCAAUCAAUUCGGCUUGCCAGUAAGACAGGUGGAGUCUAGAAGAAAUCUUCAGCCUAAAGACAAGACAAAGUCAAAGCUGUCAUUUCAUAUGAAUACGGGUGCAUUUGUGUAUGUCAAUGUUUUCAAAGGACUUUUCUUACAAUAAAAGAAAAAUAAUAUUGCAAGAUACAAGGAGAUCAUGAAUCUUCCAUGCGGUAUUCCUAAGAACGAUGAAUGACUCAUAUGUACAUAGUUUUAGCUAAAUUAUGAAGGAUAGUUACUUUUAUCUUAUUUUUUUUCUACUUAUUUAUUUAUUUAUUUUUUUUAUUUAUUUAUUUGUUUGUUUUGUUAUUGUUUUCAUGUAUUGAUAUGAUAUGCAUCUAACAGUUACGAUCACUUUUGCUCUAAAUUCCAGUAUUACGAACAAUCCUAAUAGAACGACCAUCCAUUGCAGAAUUUUCACUUUGGUGUCAUAUGGAAAUAAAUUUUCUUUGACAAGCAUAUAAAAAUGAAGUUUUGAAAUUAUUAUUGUUACAUUGAAGUAAUUAGUUUGAAGCUCUUUUAUUGUUAUUUUUAUUAAUGUUUUAUAUGUCUGUUAAUCAUUAUUGUUGUGAGUCGGCCGAGAGUUAUUGUUGUAAUAAUGUAUUUGUUUCUUUGUACCAGGCGACCUACUUUGUCUUAUAUCUUACAUGUUUAAACGAAGGGAGUUUUUUUGUUUGUUUGAUUCUUGUAAUGUAUGCCAAGUGAUAUUUUCAUUGUAUACCAUCACGAGCUAACGACAUCAGUAGCUCAUGCCAUAGAAAUGUUAAAUAGCUUUAACAUAAAGGCCCGGAUCCAGAAAAAAAUGACUGGGUGGGUACCAGUUUAGAAUAGACGUUAACAGCCAGGCGCGAUAGCGGGUAGGACAGAGAUGGGGCUUCUGACCAUGUAAGGGAUUCAGAGGUGUCUCUCCUUGACAUUUUUGAAAUGCAUGUAUGAAAUAGUGGACUUAGGGGCAUUUACUUGGUAUUCCCUUCACUUUGGAGGGGUGAGGGGCUCUCACCAUGGAUACUUUGAAAUACAGGUAUAAAAUUCUGACCUCUGGUGCAUUUAAGAUCUAGAUUUUGAAGCAAGGUUACUCAACUCUUGAUGGAAGGGGAUGUAUGGGCGCUUCCACUGGAAAAUUAUGAAAUAUAGGUAUCAAAUGGUGGCCUCUGGUGCGUUUCUGGAUCUAACUCUUUUCAAAUCAUUAUUACUUUGCCAAAAUAGUUGGGUGCAUAUUUGAUAAGUAAAGGCCACCUUGCAGCCAACUUUGGGGAGAGUGGAG